CCAGUGUUUGCGGCGUGACUCGAGUCUUCGCUGUAGUUGAGUAAGAUGGGAGCGGCUGGAGGGGGGGCGGAUCCUUCCAACUGUGGUGGGAGUAACGAGACAUCCAGGAGUCAUUUGGUCCGGGACAGUGGCAGAUACAACUUUAAAUCGAGCUGAGCAGAGUUAAACUACAAUUUUAACUCCGGGAUAUACUUAAAUCCUGGGCUGGGCUGUAAUUGUAACCUGCGGCGUUGUUUGUUUGCACUUCGAUGUUUUGCAUUGUUUUGCAUUGCAUUGUUUAAUUUUAAACCCCUCAGCUCGAGUCUCCUCGGGGGCUCGAACCCCUCUCCCUGCAUCCUCUCACUCCCCCUCCCGCUCUCCACCAUGGCUGAGUUAAUAGAGCUGCGGAAUCUGAGAGACUCCAAGCGAGCGGACGGGGCUCCCAGCUCCGGCGGUAACAAGUCGGUCUGCCGCUCCCCGGGCUUGGAGAGAACAAACGCCAUGAGGAUCAGCCCAAGGGUGCGGGCGGCCAGCGGUCAGGACCGGAGCAGGGGCGGCAGGGAGACGGGGAAGAAGCGCCUGUUGCUGGUGGAUCAGGACCCGAGGCUGACCGAGAGAGCGGGAGAAGGACACGACUUCAGACCCUGUACCCAGACCCAGCCCAGCUGGUGCGAUCUGUGCGGGGACUUCAUCUGGGGACUGUACAAGCAAAGUCUACAGUGCGCAAACUGCAAGUUCCGGUGCCACUACCGCUGCCAACCCCUGAUCCAGCUGGACUGCAACCGGCCAAAGAUCAAAACACUGGACCUUGUGGACAGCACAGAACAGGCACUCGAGCAAGACACCAAUGUGAUGACGUGGACCAGCACUAGCAGCAGUGGUUACUGCAGCCAGGAGGAAGACUCGGAGUUCGAACAGUUCUUCACCGCCAGGACCUCGUUCAUUAAGAAACCCAGGAAGCACAAGGAUGAAUACAUUAACUGGGAGAAACAGGUCCUUACACGUGAUGAAAUCGAACCCAAGAUUCGAGAGUACAACUCACAGAUCAAUAGUGAUCUUGUAAUGACCCUGAACAGUGACGGUACAUACACCGGGUUCAUAAAGGUGCAGCUGAAGUUAGUGAGGCCGAUCUCUGUCUCUGCAAACAUGAAGCCUCAGUCAAUUUACGACACCAAGAAAGCAGCAGCUUCGACACGGCCGCAGUCGAUAAAGCGGCGCACAUCCUUCUACCUCCCAAAAGACACCGUAAAGCACUUGCACAUCAGCAGCCACACAAAGGCCAGUGAGGUGAUUAAAGCGCUGCUCAACAAGUUCAUGGUGGUGGACAAUCCCCGCAAGUUUGCCCUGUUUGAACGGAUUGAGAAGGACGAUCAAGUUUAUACUCGGAAACUUUCUGAUGAUGAGCAUCCAUUGUACCUGAGACUGCUGGCUGGGCCAGAUGAGAAGAUAUUAAGUCUUGUCCUGAAAGAGAAUGAGACAGGAGAAGUGAAUUGGGAUGCCUUCACUGUCCCCGAGCUGCAGAACUUCCUGCGAAUCCUUCAGCGUGAGGAGGAGGAACAUGUCAGGCAGAUGUUUGGGAAGUACGCCCGGUGCCGGCAGAAGAUGCAAGAGGAGCUUGCCAACCGCUCACCAGGUUGACCGAAUCCCUCGCCACCAUGUGACGAGAGAGAGAGAGAGAGAAUGAGAGGGGGAAAUAAAAAUCUUGCGCACGCGCUCACAUGUAUGAACGGUGAAGGUCUUGAAACCAAUGUUACCUGGCUUGGCCAGGAACAAAGUACGAACUGUGGAGAAUACAAGUUGUGAGUGGGGUUACUACGAGCUGAGUGGGAUAUUGUGUGGUAUACAAGCUCUGCCUGACAUUAACAAGUGUGACUGAGAUCUUUACUUGAUGCUGAACUGAACAGUUGCGGGCCAUUUGUGGGAAGUUUCUGCCCAAGGAAGGAAGUCCCUUUACCCUGUUAACUUGAGCAGCAUGCUGCUUUAUUGGGAGGUGCCAAUGCAGAUGAAUGAACAGAGCUCCAUGAUCUCCUUACAUUAUUUGAGCACUUCAUUCAUCACUGUGGCAUAGUGUACGAUGGAGGCAGGGAUCCUGUAGCAAUUUCUUUUGGUUGCUUACAUUGCAUUCUCACCCACCACCCAAGACCUUUUUAAUGCACUGAUAUAUACUGAUGUGUGAAAAAUCUGUGUAUCGUAGGUAAUGAUUGUGAGGGAGUUUCUUUUUGGAACUGAUGGGAUUUCCCAUGGAUGAGAAUUAUUAACCCAAUCUGACUACAGGAUGAAGGGGUAAAGUUGGUGGAUGAAGGGGUAAAGUUGGUGAACAAAGGCUCGGGUGCUUAACCAACAGGGAGAGGAGAUGAGAUCGUUCCUUCCAAUUCCUCCCCAUCCCCUAACUUCUUCAACACAUCCACCCUCUCACACCAAUGCCAGCUGAAAGCAAGAUAGUAGAAUCUGGAACCCCAGAUGACUAAUUGUUUCUGUCAGUCAGAACAUAGCAUGUAUUGCUUCUGAAAGAGGGAGAAAUAAGGAGUGGAAUUCCAAUUUGGACUAUUAGGGGUACAGCAUGGGUUUGGCUCAGUGUGGGGAUGCAGUUCAGAAUGGGGGCAGAGAGGGGGUACAACUGGCCUGGUGUGGGUGAUGUAAAUGGGAAGGUCACCUUGGCAGGAGUGAGGUGACUGGGGGGGGGGGGGGGGGGGUCAGCUAGGUGCAGUGUAAUGAGUGUGAGGAUCAGUUCGGUGUGUGUUCAGCAAAUUUGGGGACCAGCUUGAUGUCAAGGCCAUGAGUCUGAGGUUGGGGGGGGUGGGGGGAAGAAAGGCUUGGAGCAGAGGCAGUGAGUGGAGUUCAGCAGGCGAGGUUGCACGAGUGAGAAAUUAGUGGUGAUUUUUGCUUAUUUUAAGAAUUAAUGCAAUUUAUUUUUGUUUGGGGUAAUCACUCAGUAAGCGGACAUCUUAAAUUAAGGCUACAAUUAAAUAGCAGAAUGUAGACCUGGACACACCUCAGUGUUAAGUUGACUACAUUUGUUGUGGGUAGCUUGUUAACAAUAACUUUAAGUCUCAGUCAUGUGAAGAAAUGCUUCUGGCAACAGAGAUCCAUUUCCAAUAGCUAUUGGUGAAUUCUGAGACUUGUGCAUCAUUGGGGUAUGUGUUUAAUCUCUGAUUUGAGUUGAUUUAGCUUAGGAAAUGAAAAUGAAAAUAAAACUGCAGAUGCUAGAAAUCUGAAAUAGAAGUAGAAAAUGUUGGAAACACUUAGUAGGUCAGCUGGUAUCUGUGGGGAAAAGUUAUUUUCAGGUCAGAGAUCCUUCAUGAGAAUUGGAAAAGAGAAAACAAGUUAGUAUCUUUCCCCCACAGUUCUGAUGAAGGGUCUUCCACCUGAAACACUUUUUCUCAUUCCACAGAUGUGGCCUGAUUUGCUGUAUGUUCCAGUGUUUUUUGUACUGAUUUAGCCUAGCCAUGGCGCAGGUGUAAGCUUGCUGCAGUUGGCUUUAGCCCCCAGGUUGCUCCUGAUUGCAGGCUGCUAACUCCUGGGGAAGUUUCCUUGUUUUGAACUAAAGGUGAGGACAGGUACAUAAUCAGCUGCGAUGCUCUAAUUUGAUAGACUCUCAGCUUAGCACUGGUACUGUGCCCCAGGAGGGGAGACAUGGUGAUGCGGAACUGCUUGCCCUGCUCCCACAGUUGAAAAGCAGAAACUGACAUUGUGAAUAGUGUAGACUACUACCAGCAGCCCAAGAGAAAUGGGCUAUGACUUGAGCUGAAGUAGUCUACCCUUUCUAAAGAAAUUUAUAAAUUAUGUUUGUAUUUUAAGUUUUAUUCAAUAAAAUGUGAAAUGAGUAA